UGCUACAGACAUUUCCUCAUUUCAGUACAUACAUUGCAAAAAUAGCAAAACAGGCAUCCCUGCAUCAACAUAAACUCAGGGGUGGUAAGCGAGUCUUUCCACCCGGAUGUGUUUCAGUUAGCUCCGUAGUUUGGUGUAUUUUUUCGCGAACUGGGGAUUGUUUAGGAAAGUUUUUGAGAAAAGAUACAUCAAAUUGCUGCUAACAACUGGAUACGUCUACCACCCCUUCAUAUAACAAGUACUUACUCAAUAUUUAAAAGUUUAUGAAGGAGCUAUUACACUACGGCAAACAAACAAACAAACUCGCACUUUUUGACAGUUUGUCAGUUUGCCUGCUUUGUUUGUUUGCCUGGAUUUGUUUGUACAAGCGUCAGCCUGCAUACAUUUUGCCUUGUUUGCGAGUUUGGCAAACUGUCAAACACGAAAAAGUGCGAGUUUGUUUGUUUGUUUGCGUUAGUGUUAUGGCUCCUUAAGUAAUACCACAGAAAUGAGUUUCCGUAAAAAUCGACGAAUUGACACAACCACCGAUGAGGCCAUUAAAAUUAUCAUUGAAGCAUUUACAAAGUUUCAACAACCUUUACAAAAAAUAAAUGUUAAAUCGCACAUUUUUGAAGAAAUUUGUUCAAACUUGCAUAUGAACAAAAAACAAAAAUAUAAACAUAAACAAUGCUUACUAAUAAACCACCACAUUGAAAAGCUUUUAAAAAAUGCGGAAACAUCUGAGCAAAUAGUAGAAUGUAAGAUCCUUACAAACAAUGAUAAAGUUGUUAUAUAUAACAAUGCUGUUAAGGAUAAAUUAGUAGAAGAAGUUGACCAUAGUGUGUGUGUGAAUAAUUCAUGUGUAGAAUACGUUGAUGCAAGUGACACGAUAGAAGAAAUAAAUCAACACAGCAAUAAUGAAAUACAACACGAAAGAAACAACAAACCAGACGAAACACUUGAAGAAACAUUUCCUACAGAACCCUCGCGUAUGGACCAAGUGAAUGAAAGUGAUCACAACAAUAACAGUAAUAAUGCUUAUCCACAAUACAAUAUAAGUUUUCCUUCUUCGGAAGCUCACUAUCAAUUAGACGUAGAAUUCGUAAGUGAAAUAGACUUUAAAAGAAACAACAAAAAUAACCCAUUAAUAACACUGAAACAUAACAUUAAACAAGUGAAUGAAAGUGAAAGUAGUGGUAAAAGUGAAAAUUUCGGUAGUGAUAAAAGUGAAACUGAAAUAAGCAACCUCAAUCAUGAUGCAAGUAAUGGUUCAUUGAACCAAUACUUGCAGUACAGUGUCAGUUCUCCUUCAUCGGGAGCACAUGAUCAAAUAGAGAUGGAAUUUGAAAAUGUAAUGGACAAUGAUAGAAAAGAGAGAAGUGAAAACAUUCAAAGAAGUGGUAAAAGUGAAAAUAGAGAAGCAGACAUUAUCAAUAAACAAGUUAUGCAAGAAAUUGAUAAACAAAGUGAAGGUGAUUUGUUACAAAGUCAUAGUGAGGAUCUAGAUCAAGUAAACAUACAUGCUGAUGAGAACAAAAGCGAAACUGAGAAAAAACAACAAAGCAACAAUGAAAAAAAUAAUAGAAACAAUAGAGAUCACAAAAUAUUAGGUUGGAGGUCAGCUGACUUUACAUCGACAGGGUUAAGUUUUAUUUGGACAAGACAACAAUUUGCUCUUAUCACAAAUAACAACUUGAAAGGUCUUACCACAUAUGAUGAUUCACAUAAAAACAGAAAAGAAGCUGAAACAUUACAGAAGGCAGAGGAUAUAACUUCUUAUCAUGACUUGAUCAGAGAUGUACAUCCUACUUGUGUUAUGUACGUUCACAAAGCAAGGUAUACUCCUGGUUUAAGCAAAAUGAAAACCUGCACUAUAGAAACAGUCUGCCAAUUCCAGGAAUGUAAACGGUUUAUUUUAAGAGCCAAAUUUUUGAACAGCGGUUCUGAAGAUAUAAAAUUUGACAUUUAUGAAGACAUGAAAACAAUUAACCACCCUGUCCCGAUGGCUACACAAAUCCGAGCUAAGGAAAGAAUAAUUUGUUUGCAAAAAACGUGCAAGGUUACGCCAGUAGAUUACCAUCGGAAUGCAGUUAUGGAAUACUCAAAUGAUCCAAGAAGAGUUGAAAAUAAACUUUUGAAAGAUGCAACAACAGCAGAAACCAUAAGAAAACUAUACGAGGAUAGGAGAGCGCGAACGAGAGAAGAUAAAGACCACUUUGUUUCUCUACAAAAAAUGUCGGACAAACCUGACACAUUUAUAUGGCAUUUAUCAUAUAAACCAUUUUUAUUGAUUAUUUUAACCGAAGACAUGAUAGCAACUGUAUUACAAGCAAUUAAAUUGUAUGGUCCUUUAGACUGGUAUUUCGACGCAACUGGAUCUUAUUGGAGAGAUCCUAGAAAUUGUCACAUUAAUUCACAACUAUAUAUGUAUAGUUUGAUCACUAGAUUUGCAUCUAAUGUAAGAAAUGAAAAACUUAUGACUUUUCCAUUGGCAAUAAUAUUUACUACAGCACAUAAUACCAAAAACAUCGAAUUGUUUAUUUCAUUGAUUCUCAAUGCCAUUGAACGAAGAACCUCAAAACAUAACUACGAGAUUUUUCGGACAAUCACAACCGAUUUUGCUAUGUCAAAUUUAAAUGCGUUGACAAAAGCAUUGAACCAACUCACGAUUGUUGAAUAUUUGAACAAAUGUUAUAAUUUGAUCGAAAAGGUUGAAAAAGAAAGCUCCGUAAUAGAUAUUGUAAUAAUAAAACUCUGUUCCUCUCACUUAUCUAAACUUUUUGAGAAGGCAAUAUGGGGGUUUUUCAAAGAUAAUGAAGCUACGGGUCUUGUUGUCUCACAAAUUUUGAAGGCAUUGUAUAAUAUUCGCAAUAUUGAUGAAAUAUACAAACUAUUAAAAAAACUUUGGCAAUAUUUGCUGUCAGAAUGUGAAGAAGAGAGAAUUGCUACUUACCAAAAUCUGAAUGAAUACAAACUCAAAGUUACGGGAAAACGAUUGUAUGGACGAUCAGAACAUGUUGUAGAUAUUAGUUGUUCAGAUCAAGCUGACAUGAGUACAGAAGAACAGAGCAAACCGAAUGAUGAGAAUAAAGAAGAGUUUAACUCGGACACUAUUUACGGUAACAGUCCUUUCUACAAAAGAGCCUUUUUAGACUUUAAAUCUAUUUUGAACAAAAAAAAUCCAGAUUUUGAAUUUUUAAAUAAACCUACAUGUGACUUCAUUUUGAUGAUCAUUCGUAGGUACAUAACAUAUCUAGUCCUUUUUACGCCUACGCUAACUUUUAAACAAUAUGAUGGGUUGAGUAAAGAUGACAACGAUGCAGCUAAUCGCGCAAACAAUGGUGUGAUUGAAGCGCACCACAAAAAUACCAAGCAGGAUAUAAGAUCUAUGGAGCUUUUUGUAGGGAAACCACCUAUACGUUUGGAUGAUUAUAUAAAAUUCGUUUUCAAGAAAGAUAUUGAAGCAAAAAUAGUUUCGUUCAAAUUACAGAUUCCUAAUUCGAGAGUUACAAGAAAUUGUCGAUCAACCGAAAAGAAAAAAUCCACAACAACUCCUACUAGAAAAAGAAAGUCACGAAGUUUAGAAACAACUCCUGCGAAAGUAAAAAGAAAUUACACGCCAUCAAUAUCCAACUCUAUUAUGAUGUCUAAAAUGCGAUUGUCCGAUAUUAAAAAUACUAGAGAGACUUUUGUUAAGAGGAUUCAACCUAUUUCUCAUACUAACUUGAGCGGUACAAUUAAAAAAACCAAUAGAAAGUUGUUCUCCCCAUCAGUUAAACAUAAUUCUAACUUUAUUUCUAUUAUUCCUGAUGUGACAAAAACACCUGUUGCAGCAUCAACACCGAAAAAUGAACAAAUAAUAAAUAAAAAUAGAAUGAUUCAACAAACAACCGUUGAGAGCUUACCGAAUGACAGUACAUUGAGUGCUUUAGAAGUGAUUCCGGAGGAACAAUCAGAACAACUAGAGUUUGAAGAUGACGCUAAACUACAAGUUGCGAUAUCAACGUCACGGCAAGAACAAAAAACCAAAAAAAAUAAAUUAAUCCCAAUAACUACAGCUUCAGCAACAAGUGAAUCCCAACCCACUAGUAGUACGAUAAGCGCUUUGGAAGUUAUACCAGAACAAGUGGAUGUAUCUUCUAAAGCUAAAGAAAGUGAUCUUUACUAUUUCUCGGAUAACACUGCAGCAUGCUAUGGAAUUAGUUAUCAAGUACAACCUAAUUACUUAAUUUCGAAUGUUAAUUACUAUACAAAACCUAGACCUGAACAAUGCAAUAUAUUGAAUGUGGCAGUAAAGCAACAAACAACACUAACAUUUGAAGAAAUUUUUUGCCUGUCCAAAAAAAAUUACCAAACUAAAUUGAUCAACUUUUUGGUUGAUUUUUGUAUGCUUAUAUUUUCAUCAAUGUACAAGAAAUCAAUCUCAAUUUUAAAACUUUCUGAUAGUGACAUAAUGUUGGGAAUUCUGCGACCAUCAAGAGAUCCUGAAGUUAAUAAUUAUAGAAAAAAGCAAAUAAUUGAUAUUUUUACAGAUCAUUUUAACUGUAAUCAAGUGAUUCUUCCAUUAUUGCGUUACGAACAUUACACUUGUGUAAUAAUUGAUCAAACUGCAAAUACGUUCUGUUUAUUAGAUUCAUUACUUUUCAACAAUGAACAGCGAACUAUGAUUAAAGCAACUUCACUGAAAGAAAGUUUUAUCAACAACAUUUCAAACAUGUUAAAAGAUUGCCACGGAACCUUUGAUGCAUUUAUAGAAAAUAUGAAAUCACUGAAAUUAAUAUAUAGACAAAAUAACUAUCAAACAGAUGAUUAUAACUGUGGAGUUUAUUUACUUAAUAAUGUUGAAAUGAUCUUGCAAGCAAAAGAACCACUUUACGAUGGUUCGUUUAAUCCUACUAAGUAUCGAAAACACUUGAUAAACGUCAUCAUCACGCAUUCAGAUAAUGUGUUAAACAUUUGCCCGGGGUGCUCAGUAAUUGAAAAGUCUUUCUUUGAAAUAAACCCAUCAUCACCUAAGAGUUUGUCUAUUAACACUAGUAUAAAUGAUUGGAUAGAAUGUGUAGUUUGUAAGAGAUUUUGGCAUACAUCUUGCGCUCUUCGAAAGCAUGAUCCAAAUAAUAUGUCAUCUUUUACAUGCUUAAUGUGCCAAUGAAACCAAUGAUCAAAUGACCGUAAGUAAAAUUAGAUAAAUUUGAUAAAUAAAUCACUUUUACGAAGGAUGUACAAAAAAAGUAAUGUUUGACUAUUAUGUUAAACGAAUAUCUAUAAAAACACCAAUUCCAAUCUACUUGGAAAUAAUACAUGCAUAGAAUAUUAAUGCAAAGAACUAUGUGUAUGUUUGUGUUAAUGUUACUAUAUUAGUGCAUGUUUGUAUGUGUAGUAGAAUGUAACAAAAUGGGUCAUUUUUGCGGGCAUUUAAGGGUAUGAUCCCCUAGGUGAACUGAGCUCGAAUCCCAAAUACGAGCUUGAUAGGUUACGAUAGGACCUGGCGCUUUGACUUUAAAGUUUCGGUGCGGUGCGUUUUGGUUUUUCUAAGUUUUGAGUCCCGUUUAAAAUUCAAAGUCAAAGCGCCAGGUCCUAUCGUAACCAAUCAAGCUCAUAUUUGGGAUUCGAGCUCAGUUCACCUAGAGGAUAAUGCCCUGAAAUGCCAGGAAAUUUCACCCGUUUUUCUACAUCCUUAUGUGUAGUGUUUAGGUAUUGUGUGCGCGCGCGCGUGUGUGUGUGGUAAUGUAUUAGUGCAUGUAUGUAUAUGUAGUGUUGAGGUAUUAGUGCAUGUAUGUAUAUGUAGUGUUGAGGUAUUAGUGCAUGUGUAUAUGUCGAUAUGUUAGUGCAUGUAAUGUACAAAACAAAGAAUCAUAACGAUUGAGUCAACUCAUCUAAUAACAUUUUUAUCUAAUCACAAACCAACCCUAUUUCAAGAUACUGAAAGGGAUACAUAAAUGAUAUUCAAAAUGAUGCCAAGGCGGACAAAAAAAACCCAUACCAAAAAAUCUAACAUAUUCGUUAACGUAUAAUGUCGUAAACCGGUUUGGGUUAAAUCUGCCAGUUAUUUUUUUUUAUCAUGUAGAGCUUAUGUAUCUCUAAAGUUUCUUGAGAUGUAGUUAUGAAAUGUACUUUGGUUAAACAAAAGAAUACUGUUAGCCCAACUACAUUUUGAUUGUAUAACUGCCGGUCACAAGCCCGGAAAAGAUGAGUGACCCAAACCGAAUACACAAGAACCCCUUUUUACGCUCCUCGAUUUACGCCAAAAUCGUCGUUUACUCUCUCGAAAACCCCGAUUUGCGCUCAAAUGCCGUUCGAGUGAACAUAUAUGAAAAAUCUGUGUAACUCUUGAUUUCCUCCUAACAUCAUUCUUUUAGAACUCUUGAAUCGAACAGACGCUCAAGUCUUAAGCCUGAUCUACAUCGGGAAACUGUUGCGAUCCUACGCUGCGCCGCGAUGACAGAUGUGAAAAAAAUUCGUUCAAAAUACGCAGACUUUCCUGCGAGUAUCUACAAUGGGAUGCGUUGGUUGCUGUGAUUUCCCAUUUGGAACUGUCAACGCAGAAUUCCUGCGAAAAUUUUCCUUUAUUUCAAAAUUUAGAACAUGCGACCUGCGGUCUGCGAUUUUAGUACAGGAUCGCAGCACCGCAGCAUUGUCAUUGUAGAAGAUCAGAUUGAUUUGCAUGUGUUUAAAACUUGCGCUUGCAUCUGCGAUCCUGCGAGUUUCCUAUUGUAGACCAGGCUUUAUUAAACUCUGGACCAUAACCGUAACCUACACAUAAAAUAUGUAAACAAAUUCAUCGUAUAAUCAGAGAGAUCUGUCAGACGGUUGGUUGGUUGGCGAAUGACUGGACAUGGCGUACCAUAGGUACUUCGAGUACCGCAGGAAUAAAAUAAACCCACCAAGCGGACCAUUAGCCUCUUGUCCAGUAACUCCGAUACUCUGAGCUCCCCGCGGCGCUAGCCAGGAUACUAGUAACCAUUGGAGAGAUCGGGUAACCAACCCCGGUGGGAACUAUGGUAGUAUGCUGACAGAGAAGGGGGGCUCCAUCCUCUUCGGAGGGUGUAGCUAUGCCGAUAGGCCUCGUGAGAAAGGCCCCCGUUACGGUGACGAGAGAAAACCGGAGUUGGGUCUCGGUAGCUUCAAGGUGGCAGCCCCACCCCGAGACUAGGUAUUCGCAGCCCCAAUCCGGCUGCCUACCGAAAAUCACACCAUUACGAACAAUCAAGAAGAAAUAAGGAUCCGGAACAAACGGCAUAGACCUAGGCACGAAAAGGACACCGAUUGGAAACUCGGAACAUGGAACUGCAGAUCGCUACGUUUCGAUGGGUAUGAGUACGCUGAACGAGCUCAAACUCCGCAACUGCGAUGUUGUAGCACUGCAGGAGAUGUGCUGGCAGGGAGCGAAGAUGUGGGAGGAUGAUGCUUUGGAGCUCACCAUGUACCAGAGCGGCGGAGCCGAAAACAAGCUGAGAACCGGUUUCAUAGUGUUGGGCAAGAUGUGGAGUCGUGUGAUAGAUUGGGAGCCGAUCGACGACUGGAUGUGUAGAUUGAGGAUUAAAGGCCGUUUCUUCAACUAUCACAUCUUCAACGUACAUUGACCACACGAGGAAUCAUCCGAUGCCGAGAAGGAAGCGUUCUACGCGAAGCUGGAGUAAAAGUACGACAGCUGCCCGCAGAGGGACGUCAAGAUCGUCAUCGGAGAUAUGAACGCCCGCAUAGGAAGGGAGGAGAUGUACAAGCCGGUGAUCGGGCCGAACAGCCUGCACACCGUCACGAACGACAACACCCAGCGGUGCAUCAACAUCGCAGCCUCCCGCGGUAUCGGCAGUGCCGCUGAAGCCGCGCUAGGUAGUACGGUCCGAGUUGGAAAGCAGCGCUGGUUCGACGAGGAGUGCCAGCGGAUACUUGACGAAAAGAAAGCAGCUUAUGCGGUGAAGCUGAGAGCCGCAACUGAUGAGAACGUGGCCAGAUACAAACAAGCGCUGAAACAGCAGAGAACGGUCGUCAAACUCAAGAAGCGCCAGCUGUUUCGGCAGAAUGAGACGUGAAAGUUCUACGAGAAGGUUAUGGGCUGCGAUU